AUGAAGGGAAUGGAUAAGGAUCAUGCUAAGCAGCUUUUCUGUAAACAUGCUUUUCGCGGACGCGGUCCACCUGCUGCAUAUGAGAAAUUAAUUAAAAGCUUCGUGCAAUUCUGUGGAGGUUUACCCCUCUCACUGAAAGUUCUGGGUGCCCAUGUUUAUCGUAGGGAUAAGCAUUAUUGGAAGCUAGAAUUGGAAAAAGUUAAGAAAAUCCAGCCUAAGGAUAUAAUGAAAAGGCUUAAAAUUAGCAUUGAUGGCCUGGACAGAGAGGAGAAACAGAUACUUAUUGAUAUAGCUUGUCUUUGCAAUAAGAAAGAAAUACCUGAAGUGGAAAGGGGAGUUACAGUUGUAGAUUAUAUGCCUAUAAAAGAUAAAGCUAUAUCAAUCUGGAAGGCGUCAGGUUGGAGCGCAGAGCAUGCAGUUCAAACUCUGCAAGAUAAGUGCCUAGUCGAAGUGGUUAUGGGUUUUAAAUAUCCAAUAUUUCGUAUGCAUCAUCACCUCCGCGAUCUGGGAAGACAAAUGGCAGAUCAGUUGGGCCCUCCUCGACUGUGGAGACCAGACAUUCUCAAAUCUAUGGAAGAAAAAGGAUUUAAUCAAAUCCUAGAAGAAAAAAAGGGUAGGUGUUUCCAGUCAUUCUGGGAUUUGGUGCUUGAACAAAAAAUUACUUAUUUUAUAGCAGAGACUGGCCUCGUGUGGCUUGAAAUUAGACCUAGCUUUGUAUUAAAAAAAAUUUCUUCACGAAUUCCUUCCUGGAUUCCUCUACAGAAGUUGUACUUUUUAAAUGUUUGGGAAGUGGAAGAAUUAUGGAGCAUAUUCCAGCAACAGUUCCAGACCAAUAUGCAGGCCAGUUUCGAGCUGAGAAAGUUAUGGAUUUGGGACUCUCCCUCUUUGGGAAAGCUUCCAGAAUCAAUGGCAAUGUUCAGGCAUUUGGAAGAAUUACGUAUAGUAAGGUCCUUGGAGAAGACAGAUUUAAUAUCCUUGGAGUACGGCUUCUGCAGAGGGAGUUUUGAUCUGAGCAAAUCUGUGGCUUCAACUGAUUUGGAUUCUGCUGCAAGCAGCUUCAUGGUUAGACUUGAAAAAAUAGAACUCAGUGGUCCUAAUAAUAUAUCAAAGUUGCUAAUUAGUGGAGAAAUUUGUCCCAUACUUCGAUCAGUGAAAGUUGGGUGGAUGGAAAAUUUAAAAGAAAUGGACUUAAAGCAGCUAGAGAUACUAAAUACUCUUACAGUGUAUCAAUGUUCGAAAUUGGAAACAAUAUCAGGUUUAUCUACUCUACAUCGUCUGGAGGAAAUCAUCAUAGAAGGAUGUGGUCAGCUGCAACACGUAGAAGGGGUGGAAGAGUUGCCAGGAUUGAAAAGUCUGGUAGUUGAAAUGCCUGACGAUGGAUGUGCAUGGGUACGUAAUUACAUUCAUGGAUUGGAGAUGCUGCCGUUAAAGAAAAUCAUUUUGAUACAGCAGGCAAUGGGUGAAGCAUCAUCCAAAUUUAAUGCAAACUUCUUUUCUGACGUGAUCGGUGCCCAAGCAAUCUCAGAGAUUGGGAGAGAAGAGUAUACACAAUAUGAUAGCAAGGUGAAGAUGAAGAGCUCAUCGAGUGAAAUCACAAUAUAUGCUUUUCUUGCAACAUCACUGCAGGAUGGUCUAACAUUUAAAUUCGAUGAAAUCGAAUAUUGGUUGCCAUCUCAAGGGGAUGUGUUAGUUACAGUUUUACUCAACAAACAUGAUAGUGAAGGUAGACUAGUGAGCGUGACAAUAAAGAAGGGGUUUAAGGUCACUUCGAAAGUUGGGGAAGAAGGCAAAGCUUUAGCUAUAUUACAAAGAAUUGUUGAUCGAUUAUACAGACAAAAAAUGGCAGUAGAAAAAAAUGAAAGUAUGGUCACAUUCCAUGAACCAUCAUUAGGAUGA